UUGUUCCAGUUCUUAUAUUCCCGUGUAAAGUGCCAAACAGACAGGCCGUUACUUCUCUGAGGCUUCUUUUCGAAAUUUCAUUUGCUGGUUGAGUCGGCUCCUAAACAACCUACAUAUACCCCCUUCAGGCUGAAUUACACAUCGCCUGUGUACCGACGUCCGCAUUUCCUAGAACGGAUUUUAUAUGUUAAUAUAUCCCAUCAACCGCACUCAGUACCUUUUGAACAGUAAUCCUUGUUGCUGUCCUUCUCCGCCUUGCUAAAUUCGUCCGUAUUCAGCAGGCCCAAAGGGAUCAACAUCACAUACGAAGGCCGCACUCCUGAGUAGCCGUCAGAACGGCAGACAGCACCAGUUAGCCAAAAAUGGAUACCUCACAUCAAACCAUCACCACAAAUUUUCUAUUGGCGAACCUACACUGUCCUACAUGCGUAUCAUCUAUAAAAGAUGUCUUGCAACGUCUCCCUGGUAUUACUUGGGUAUCGCCCAAUGUUGUUACCUCGUGGGUCGCAGUCGAGCACGAUCCCAAAGUAUCUAUAGCAGAUAUGGCAUCAAAUUUGGAGGCUUCAGGGUUUGAGGUCUCUAGUGUAGCAUCGACCAAUGGCGAAGAGACUCUAGCCAACUUACUGCAUGGAGAUCCAUCUAACUUACCCGGUCCCUCACAAGCACCGACGUCACCAGAUAUCAGCCUACGAGACAGCCCAUUAGGUCGAAUAUUCAAGCUACCCAACAAAGUUACGCAUGGAUAUACAGCGAUUGGAAAGUCGGAGAAGGAGAGAGAGCAUCUGAACAACUGUGAGCUAUGUCGAACCAAAGGUUCAAGACCUAAUACCUCCAGCAGUACGUGCUGUGGCGUAAUAUCGGAAAAGUUGGAUGAUAUAUCAAGAGAUCAGAAGAUAGACGAUGAGAAAUCCGUUCAGGGCUUGAUCACAACAACCAAAUCCCUUGCAACCGAGGACGAUGACAACCUACAGUCGCCUGACCAGGGACGCAGAUGGAGAGCUUCCAUGGCCAUCACCGGAAUGACGUGCGCUGCUUGUGUAAACGACAUUAGUUCGCAACUAAAAGAGAAGCAAUGGGUUACAAAGGCCACUAUUAAUCUACUUACGAACAGUGGAGUAGUCGAGUAUAUUGGUACGAAGGACGACGCCAAUCAAAUCAUCGAGAUAAUCGAAGAUACAGGAAGAGGCGCCGAGCUUGACCAAGUUGUCAAUAUUGACGGCGAAAAUAGGCCAAAGCAUCAGAGGACUGUCGAGAUCCGUAUUGAUGGAUUCUACUGCGACCAUUGCGCCGACCGGGCUACGAAUAGUCUUAAGGGAUUCCUCCAGCACCUCGCUGUAAUAUCCAGCCCUAGCAGGAAACGACCGAUUCUCAAGAUAGCCUAUACCCCCGUAGUACCCAGCUUCACUAUCCGGCGAAUCCUCUUAGCUAUCGAAGCGAGCGACCCUGCAUUCAAGGCAACAAUAUACCACCCGCCUACCCUAGAAGAGCGCUCGAAGAAGAUACAUGUGCAUCACCAGAAGCAACUCUUCAUUCGUGCUAUCUUCACAACAAUUAUUGUCGUACCGACAUUCAUCAUUGGCGUUGUGUACAUGAGCCUUGUAUCCAACUCCGAUGCAUCCAAGAUGUAUCUUAUGGAGCCCUGGCGAUCUGGGAUCAGCCGAGCGCAAUUUGCUCUCUGCAUCAUGGCGACACCGGUAUACUUCUUCGGUGCCGAUAUUUUUCACCGGCGUGCAGUAAAGGAGAUUAGGGCGUUAUGGCGACCACGAAGCCAGACGCCGAUUCUUCAGCGGUUUUAUCGAUUCGGCAGCAUGAAUAUGCUCAUAUCGUUGGGUACCACAAUCGCAUAUAUUUCCUCGAUCAGCCAGAUGAUUGCUGCAGCUGCGGAUCGACCAGAUAUGAUCAAUGACGAAAACUUCUAUUUCGAUUCUGUUGUAUUCUUGACAUUUUUCUUACUCUGGGGAAGACUCAUCGAGGCAUACAGCAAAUCGAAGACUGGUGAUGCGGUGGAGGCUUUGGGCAAGCUUCGUCCAACCACUGCCGUGCUCGUCGAGGAUGUCACAGAUGCAAAGGAGACGGAGACAGUAGUCCAUACCGAUUUACUCGAAUUUGGCGAUCUCGUCCGUAUUCCCCAUGGAGGCUCUCCCCCUUGUGAUGGAAGGGUCGUGCGUGGGGUGACCGAAUUCAACGAAUCUAGCCUAACAGGAGAAUCUCGCUUGGUGAAGAAGGUUGCUAAUGACGACGUUUUCGCGGGAACUAUCAACGUAGGCAAGCCUAUUUUGAUUCAAAUCACCGGAAGUGCUGGUCAGUCGAUGCUGGAUCAGAUCGUCGAUAUUGUUCGAGAAGGCCAGACCAAACGUGCACCGAUGGAAAAGCUAGCGGAUCUGCUGACCGCUUACUUCGUCCCGUUUGUCACUCUAAUUGCCAUCCUCACUUGGCUUAUCUGGCUAUCAGUUGGCGUAUCAGGCGCGAUUCCUGGGCAUUUCCUUGAUGUAUCAUCAGGAGGCUGGGUUGUAUUUUCGCUUCAGUUUGCCAUCGCUGUCUUUGUUGUCGCGUGCCCAUGCGGUCUUGCGCUUGCUGCUCCCACUGCGAUAUUUGUCGGCGGGGGCCUAGCUGCAAAGCAUGGCAUACUGGUUAAAGGCGGUGGCGAGGCCUUCGAAAAAGCGAGUCGGAUUGACUGUGUUGUCUUUGAUAAGACAGGCACUCUUACGAUGGGCGGUGAACCGACAAUUACGGAUAAUAUGAUAUUCCCCGGGCAAACAGUGAGCGAGAAACAGCGGAAUAUUUUCUUCGCAGCGCUCCGAGCUACUGAGGAGCAUAGCACUCACCCUAUUGCAAAGGCCAUCGUCUCAUUCUGUAACUCCCAAACGUCCGAGCGUAUUGAGGUCUCUGAUGUCGAAGAGUUACCUGGGAAGGGUCUGGAAGCGGCUUAUCACGUCGAUUCGUCACUCUUCAAAAUCAUCGUCGGUAACGAAUCGUUAAUGCGCGACUUCGCAGUCACCGUCCCCCGUGAUGUUGCUACCAAUCUUCAGACAUGGAAAUCAGAGGCAAAGUCAGUCGCACUUGUUGCUAUCGAGACCCCUGACAGGCCAGCUUCAUACCAACUUGCAGCUGCCCUCUCAAUCUCAGAUCCUGUACGGCCCGAAGCUUCUGCCGUACUUCAAGCUUUAAAGUCGAGAGGUACGGACGUAUGGAUGCUCUCGGGCGAUAACAUCAUUACAGCCAGGGCCGUCGCCUUGCGCAUGGGCAUCCCCGAAUCCAACGUCAUCGCCGAAGUCCUCCCCGCACAAAAGCACGAGAAGAUCAAAUGGCUCCAGUCAACGCUGAAAGCCCGCAGGGGAGACGUCGAGCUCACGGACCGCCGCGCUUUCAUCGCCAUGGUGGGCGACGGUAUCAACGACGCGCCGGCGCUGACGACGGCGGACGUCGGAGUGGCAAUUGGAUCCGGCGCGGACGUCGCCAUCUCCAGCGCCGACUUUGUACUUCUGAACAGCAAUCUGGAAUCCAUCGUCACCCUUCUCGAGCUAAGCAGAACGGUGUUCCGCCGCAUCAAGUUCAACUUCGGUUGGGCCCUCAUAUAUAACCUGCUUGCCGUGCCUAUCGCCGCCGGUUGCCUGUACCCUAUCGUCUCGAAUGGUCAGCACGUACGUCUGUCGCCCGUCUGGGCCAGUCUCGCGAUGGCGCUGAGCAGUAUCAGCGUCGUGCUGAGUAGCUUGGCGCUGAGGAGCGGGUUGCCGUGGAUGGGGUUUAGGGCUAAGACAUUUUCGAGUGAAUCCAAGGCGGAUGCUGGGGAAAGUGGUGAAGCUAGGAGCUAAGCAUUUACGGCCGUUUCGAGUAUCUGUCGUACCUCUGGGUACUAUAAGAUACCCCUUCAUGGAUUGUCGGGACAUGGGAUGAAUGGAUUGGAAUGGGAAAGCUAGUGCAGCACAUGUUUUAUAUACUGCGCCGUAGUAUCGGACAGCAAUUGAAUUCUAUUUUACGAACCACAGGAUUUAAUUAUGCCCCAUGACACUAUACGUGAUAGACGAGGUCAUCUUGAGGUUCCUGGAUAAAAGGCUCGAUCUCGUUUAUUGACUCACCUUCUAGCGCAUCAAGUUGUUGGAAGACAUUGGAAGAGUUCUCAAUCUCUUUGUGCUAAACGACUGGUCAAUAACAACAUAGCCACAAUUAAUAUUAGUCUAAGAUAUUGUCAAUUCUUUCU